CACACGAUAAUGGAUAUUUGUGGUAUAAAAGUUAGCUGUGGACCCCAGGAUUACUCACUCUCUCUCUCACCAUGAAGUGUCUUAUCCUCCUCUCACUCCUUGGCCUUGCUGCCGCCUUCCACUACAACGAUGAUGACAAGAUUGUAGGAGGCUACACUUGCCCUGUCAACUCUAUUCCCUACCAGGUGUCCCUGAACUCUGGGUACCAUUUCUGUGGAGGGUCCCUCAUCAAUGACGAGUGGGUGGUCUCUGCUGCUCACUGCUAUAAGUCACGUAUUGAGGUCAGACUUGGUGAACAUAACAUUGAGCUCUUGGAGGGGACAGAACAGUUCAUCUCAUCUGCUAAGAUCAUCCGUCAUCCUAAAUACAACGCCUACCUUCUGGACAAUGACAUCAUGCUUAUCAAACUGUCCCAACCUGCAGUGAUAAGCUCCAGGAUCCAGGCCAUCCGUCUGCCCAGCGAGUGUGAUGCGGCCGGCACACAGUGUUUAGUUUCAGGUUGGGGAAACACUCUGAGCAGUGGAUCGAAUUUCCCAGACCUCCUGCAGUGUCUUGAAGCCCCCAUCGUGUCUCAUGAGGAAUGCCAAAAUUCCUAUCCUGGUCAAAUCACUGAAAACAUGAUCUGUGUUGGGUACCUUGAAGGUGGCAAAGACUCUUGCCAGGGUGACUCUGGUGGCCCUGUGGUUUGCAAUGGAGUGCUGCAGGGGGUGGUCUCCUGGGGUAUUGGCUGCGCUCUUCCUGGCUACCCUGGCGUUUACACCAAGGUGUGUAAUUACGUGUCUUGGAUUGGAGACACCAUCGCGCAGAACUAAACAUCUCUACAUAUAAUGUUGGGAUGAGAAGCAUGACAUGUAUCAUUCCAAAUCCAAUAAAAUUAUACACGUGAACCAUUA